AUGGACUCCUCAAAGAAGUUUGCGUCCAAAGAUCAGGAAAUCGAGCAUUGGAGAAAUCUGGCACAGAAAUUUAAGCAAGAGCUUGAAGAAACUAAAGAAGAGUUGGAGGAAUUCCAGAUAAGUAGCCGGGAGCUGGAGCAGGAACUAGAGACCCAGCUAAAACAGGAGGAAAAGAAGAACAAAGAGUUGAUGUUGAUCAGUGAAAGACUGCAGAAUGAGUGUGAUUCACUCAGGGACAAGCUGCAGAAACUGCAGACUGACAGCCACAACAGGAUCACAGAGCUGGAGGACAGUUUUGCCAGGGUGGAAGCACACAAGAAUGAGCUGCACAAGUAUAUCAGAGAACUGGAGCAAGACAAUGAUGACUUGGAGAGGGCUAAAAGAGCAACAGUCGUUUCCUUAGAAGACUUUGAACUGAGGCUCAAUCAGGCAAUUGAAAGGAAUGCGUUCCUAGAGAGUGAAUUGGAUGAGAAGGGAGUCUUACUUGACACAGUUCAGAGAUUAAAGGAUGAAGCUCGAGAUCUGAAGUCAGAAAUUGAUGUCCGCCAACAUCAGGAAGUGGUUCUUAAGACUAGCGAUGACGGCUUGCUUGGGGUUGCAGUAUUACCCAUGCAAGAUAGCGGUUAUGUAGCACCGGGUACAACACCAACCACCCCAACUACACCAACAGACAGAGGCCAGCCCAGUGCCAGAGUUGCUAGUGGUAUCACCGGCACUCCGUUGACCCCGUCAGCAAGAAUAUCUGCCCUCAACAUUGUUGGUGACCUGCUUCGAAAAGUUGGGGCGUUGGAAUCCAAGCUAGCGACCUGUCGAAACUUUUCUAGAGAUGAACCAAGAAAUAAAGCAGGAGCCGGUGCUGUCAACUCUUCAAGAACCAAGCGUCUGAGUCGAGGCUCCUCGCUGCCGGUUCAGACAGGAGUCAAGAUGACCGUCUAG